AUGCCUCUCUCCCGUUCUUCUGAUCCUCUGGUCUGGAUUGACUGCGAGAUGACCGGUCUCGACGCGGAGACCGACGUGAUUCUCCAAAUCUGCUGCUUCAUCACCGACGCCCAGCUGCAGGUUCUUGAACCAAAUGGCUUUGAGGUCGUGGUGCACCAUCCAGACUCCACCCUCGAUACGAUGAAUCCCUGGUGCAUCGACACUCACGGCCGCACGGGCCUCACCGCUGCAGUGCGUACAUCAACGACCAGCGCCAGCGCCGCCGCCGACUCGUUGCUGGCCUACAUUCAGCGUCAUGUCCCCACUCCCCGUACCGCGUUGCUCGCUGGCAACAGUGUCCACGCUGACAAGGCCUUCCUCGUCCGAGAGCCAUAUGCGAAGAUCAUGGAGCACUUGCACUAUCGCAUCCUUGAUGUGAGCACCAUUAAGGAGGCUGCCCGGCGUUGGGCCAGUGAGGAACUUCUGAGACAGGUUCCACCCAAGCGUGAAGUGCAUCUGGCCCGCGACGAUAUUCUUGAGAGCAUUGCCGAGAUGAAAUUUUACCAGGAAAAGUUAUUCUCAUGA